CAGGUUUAUUUUUUUUAAUAAAUGUUCAUAUAAUUUAAUAAAAAGACAAAAUUACCUCUAAUUUAACAAACAUUUUUUAACAAAGUUAAUUUUAAGGACGAAAAUAUAAACAAAGUGGAAAUCAUAAGAAUAAAAAAGUCAGUUUUUAAAGUUAGGGACGAAAAUCAUUAAAAAUAUCAAACCACAGGGACGAAAACCGUAGUUUACUCAAUUUAAGCAAAUUUGGGUUUUUUCUAUAAUGAAAUUUUUACGACAACUUUAUAUAUUCGAAUUCAAUUAUUAUGAUUUUGUAAAAUACAAAAACCCUAAUUAUACGAAGGGCUUUGUUUGGUACACAAGUCAAGCAACGUCAGGAGGGCGUAAAACCUGAAUUUCGGCUGACGGCGUCGUAUUGAGCCUAAGAAGUAAGAACGACCUUCUUUUUUCUGGAAGUUGCUAUUCUCCCGUAACAGAAAUCUUACUCUUUAUUCACAAAUAUCCCGCCACCUCUUGGAUUACAACUUGCAGCCAUGGUUAGUCACCUUUCCUCUCUCAAAACCCUAAGAUUUGUAUACUAAUCUUGAUGAAUGUUGGAUGUGCAGGAACAACAACGGGGUCCUUCACUUGAGGAUUGCUUAAAGUUAUUGAAAGGAGAUAGGGACGAACAGCGUCUCGCCGGUCUCCUACUCGCCACCAAAUUCUGCAACAACGAUGAUUUUGACUCCAUUUUAAGGGUUUACAAUGCCGUCGGCAACGUUUUCUUGGACCGCCUUCUUCGAACAGGGAUGGGGAAAGGAAGCACCAGUGAGAGUCGCCAAGAGAACCGGGAUGCCUAUCUACAGCUAUCUGUCACAAUUUUAGCUGCAUUUUGUCGUGUUGCUGACAUAGCUUCUUCAGAUGAUAUGGUCAAGAAGAUUCCUCUUGUACUGGAAGUUCUUUCUAAGGAAUUAGGCCCAUCCCUUGUUGAAGAAUGCUUUGAAUUUUUAUACUUGGUGUCAGCAGCCCAUAAGGAUGGUAUUCAAAUCUUUUACGAGUCCGGAGGCAUGACCAUGCUAGCUUCUCAGAUGUUUAAUUUACCAGAUGGUUCCCAUACAAUGGAGGUAGCUAUGAAGCUCCUUCAGUUGACAGUAAGUAAAAUUUCCCUGGACACGAUUACCAAAGAGUACUAUUCGGAGUUGUCAUCGGUGGUGACUGUGCUUGCAAGGCAGUUUGCUGUGUUGCACAAUGCUCUGAAAUUUGAGGCACUUCACCUUCUAUCAACAAUCCUCUCCUCAAUAUAUGCUGAACCUGUGCAUGAAAUUCUCCGUACAGUGAGCAACAAAACGUGGUUAACUUAUGUACGUGUUGGUGUUGUGGCAGUUCUGCAAAAUCGUGUUGCACCGGAGCAAAGGCUUGAGGCUCUUAUGUUGGCUGAGUCCAUUAUGUGUAUUGCUGGUGAAGGGUGGCUUCUUGGGCAAAUGAACUUACCUGACACACAAGACCCUAUUCCAGCUGACAGGUGUAUAUUGCUUGUUUUAGAGUCAUCAAGGGUUGAAAUUGCUGUUCUUCUUAAUGACCUAGCGUAUCUGAAAUACGAGAAGGCCAAAGACUCAUUAGACAACGAAACCUUUCUUUUAAAGCAAAGGAAUCUUGGCACUGCGUUUUCAUUAGUGGAGAAGACGAUCAAAUUGAUUUCAAGUGUCGCUGGAGAUGGAGGUGAUAUCAUCAGUGACAAAAUGUUUACAAAGAUCAUCACUGGGCUUAACGAGACGGUUGCUGUUAUCUUAGAGUAUCUUCGAGAUGCCAAGGAUCAUGGACAACAUAAAGGGAAUGAUCUUCUUGCUUCAGUGCGGAUAGUUGGGAGUUACCUUGCUGAGACUCCAGCUGCAUGCAAUGACAAGAUUAGGGAGCUUUUGGGGUAUUUGGUUUUGGUUGAAGGUGAAGAUGAACAAAGCCCCUUCUCUUCAGUUUGCUUCCUGCUUCCAAUGCUAUGCCAAAUAACAAUGGAGAUUGAUGGAUGUCGGCUUAUAGCCUCUUCUGGAGCAUAUAAAGCAGUUGUAGCAUGCCUAAUUAAGUUGCUUUCGGAAGAUGCUGGUACAGUCGAGGAAAAUGGUCCCAUUUUCUUGGCUUGUGAUACUAUCUUAAAUCUUCUUUUGAAGAGAGAACAGAUUCGACUCCAGUUGGAUGAUUCUUAUUUUAUCAGGCUAUUGGGUGUGUUGCCAUCAUGGGCAGAGAACGCUGUUGACUGCUCUAAUACCAUGAUGGCUUCAAGCAUAUGUGCUUUGAUACUAGAUUUGACAUCUGAGGCGGCUCUUCAGUGCCAUCCACAAUUCCACCGAAAGAAUCUAAUUAGUUUGUCGCAGCUCAUGAGGAGAAGUAUGGCAGCUUCAUAUAGUAAAGAUACUGAGGCAGAUCUUCUCCAAAUAGUCAUCUCAGGAUACUCGAGGUGGGUCGAUCGGUUUCCCCACGUCAAAGCAGCUGUUGAGGGGAAGUAGUCUGUUCAUAAAGUUUGUAAAACAACUUUGAAGAUUUGUUAUUCAAGAACUUCAUCAUAAUAUUAUGUCCUUUCUGUGGGUCCUUUGAAGAA